AUGAAAACAUCAUCUGGAAAUCGUGGAUUUACUGGUUCUGUUCGUAAUCCGAAGCUAUUUACUCCUAAUUCCACUAAAAAUUCACGAUUAUCUAAUGAUCGUUCUCCAGAACAAAUUCCUCCUGAUUUAAUAAAUUUAAUUGGACAAAUAGAAUCGAAUUUAGAGAAUUCAUUCAGACAUUUACAAGAGCAAAUGGAAAUUAUUCAAGAAAAGAUUGAAACUCUUGAAACAGAUCGAGUACAACAAGAACAAAGAAUAGAUUACUUAAAACAAAAUAGAAAUAUCGAUGACUCAAAUGUUGUUGCUAUUAAUAGUGAUACAGCUGAUCUAUAUGCGGCAAAUAACCCCAUUAUACUCGAAGCUUUUCUUGGAAAGCAACUUUAUUCAAAAUUUACAGACGUUAUCAAUCAAAUUGAAGAGAAGUCACAGAUUCCACUUAUAAAAUCAUCUUUAAUUCAGUUACAAAGAAUUGGCAAAUGUUUUGAAUCUUACAAAAUUUUAUCUGAUUUUGUUCAUGAAUCAGUGUUUUUAGAGAAGUUCAUAGAAGAAACAGAGAAAAUAUUUGAUAGUAAUUGCGUAUAUGUCUUCAAAAGGAAUCCAAAAACUUCAUUUUUUCGGUGUCAAUUCAAUAAAACAAUGUUCAUUGAAUUAAACGAUGAUGGAGCAUUAAUUCUUACUGCUAUUAAAAAGAAUACAGUUGUUUUGAUUGACAAUCCUCCAUCGGAGCCAGAAUAUUCAAAUUCAAUUGAUCCUCUCCUUAAUCCUAACAAUUUCAAAGUUCUUUUAGUUCCAAUAGGCACAGAUGCAGUUAUCGAGAUAUUAUUUACAUCAAAGAAAGCUGUAACUUUCUCACAAGAAGACAUUUACGUUGCUUCUUUUUAUUCAAUAAUUAUGAAGCCAUUAAUUGAUGAAAAUAGUGCAUAUGAAAAUGUAGAUCAUAGCAUUGAUGUUCAAACAAAGAAGAGAGCCUUCGAUAAUGAACUUUUGAGCAAAGAUUCUUUUGAUAAAUUAAUUAAAUUUAUAUCUCAUACUCCUCUGAACGAUUCAACGAUAUUUAUUGUUGAUAAUGAAACAGAACUUUAUUAUUUUGAACUGUUUAGCGGUCGUUUGAUCACUCAUAUUGUUGAUUUCCAAGGAAUUGAAAAAGAAUGCUACGAAAGCAAAAAAGAAAUAGCCAAUAAAUUAGAACAAGGUUGUUAUCCAUUAUUAGAUACUAAUAGAAAUGUUUCAGCUCUGUUUACAACGUAUUCUGUCUCAGAUCAAAUAAAUAAGAGUUCAUUCUGUGCAAAUUUGUCAUUAGUUGUUCCUCAAUGUGUCCUUAAUGCUAAUCAAAACACUCUUGAUCAGUCAAAGAAAGCUCUUAAGAAGUUUAAAGGCGAAAUUAAGAAAUUUACACCAGAAUACAUAACAGAAGGAAGAUUUGUCUUUAAUUUACUUCAAUCAAUAUCUAAUGUGCUUAAUUGCGAGUAUAUAUCCCUUUAUGUCGAAGGAAAUCACGUUAUGACUGUUCAAAUGACAAAUGAAUGUCCACAAGUAUUCUUUUUCAACAAUUUUGAUGAAGAAAUAAUUACUCCUGAUCCAAGCAGACUCAAAAACUUCAAUUCAACCAUUUAUUGCUAUAGUUUAAUGAGAUGUAUAAUUGGAAAUGUUUCAAUUGUAGCUGCAAACUCAUUAAACACUGUUGCAAGGUUCGAUAAAAUACAAUUUGGUAUUCUGAAAUCGUUUACUGUCUUUUCUGUUUACAAUAUCAGAUUGCAGCAGCUAGAAAAGACAAUACAAGAAGAGGAAUACAAUAAAAACUCAGUAAGUAUUGCAUUGGAGAUUAUUAAGAACGUUGUUCAGCCAAUUGAUGGAAAUUUACUCCAAAUUAUUGUAAAAGAGAUUUGUAACGCCAUACAAAUGCAAAAUUACGCUUUAUAUGAAGAUGAAACAUUAGUUAUGAUAUCUAUCGAAGAAACAGAGAUGAUUGUUGACUUUUCUAAGAUAGAAAAUGGAAUUUCAACUUUUUUAAUCGAUCACGAUGUAUUCAAAGGCAAAAUUUUCGAUGACAACGAGAGAAUUGUGUCUUUUAAGUUCGAUAAUUGGAUAAUUUUGUUCAUUAGCCAGAAUCCGCCGCUUCCUCUUUAUGAAAAUUUAUUAAAUAUCUUGCAACCAUUCAUUUCCAAAUGUAUUGACUGCAGAGAGAAGAAGGAAAUUAUUCCUAACAUAGAGCUCAAAGAAACAACCAAUGAUAUUGAGAGUUUGGACUUUGAUGCAAGAAAUGAAAUAGAAUCUAUUACAGUUCCUUAUCAGAUCUUCCAGAAAAUGGGUAUUUUGCAAUUCUUGGGUGUUGAUGAUCAAUCAUUCUAUCGAUUCCUUGAGAGUUGCAUGAAAUCUCAUAAAAAUUAUCCUUAUCACAACUGGUCACAUGCUGUAGAUACCCUGCAGUUCCUAUAUUAUCUUUAUUACAGAGCUAAUCUCACCAAAUACUUCGAUGAACUGCAGAAAACUUGUUUAUUCAUUUCUGCAUUAUGCCAUGACGUUUCUCAUAACGGAUUUUCGUCGUAUUAUCACGUUUCCGCACAGUCAAGAACAGCUCUUUUGUUUGGAAACGAAAGCCCAAUGGAAAUCCUUUCUUUUUCAAAGACGGCAGAAUUAUUGGAAAAAUCGGAUUUCUUUGAAAAGGUCGAUAAACCAGAAUUUUGGGGAUUCAUGCAAAAUCUUUUUGUUGCAACUGAUGAAGGAAAGAGUUCUCUUACAUUGGACACUUAUGUUACAAAUAACACGAAUCCAACAGAGAUAGGAAAGUUCUUUAUUUACUUAGCAAAUUACGCAAACUUUGUAAGACCUUACGAGUAUUUCCAUGCAGUGUGUGAACUUGUAUACAAAGAGAAACAAACUGAAAACUUGAGAUCUGAUCCGACAUGGGCAAAGAUUUUGCCUCAGACAGCAAAAGAAUUGACAUCAGAACAUUACACAGAGAAAGUGAUGCCCGCUUUAACUUUGCUGUCUCAGAACUUCCCUGCUCUUGAAGAUAUAGAAAAGAGGAUUAAGGAAAAUAUUGAUCAUGAAUAA